GGUCUUUUAUAGUUUUUUAAAUGGAGAUUUAAAUGUAGUUUUUCAAAACGGUAUGAAAUGAUGAAGAAGUUGUUAAUUAAAGUACCCAAAGUGCACGUGAGAGGUUACAACGUCCUCUAGACGAUGGUGCGACGGUGUCAAUUGACAAUCGAUCACUCACCUUGUGAUUUAUCUAAUUGAAAAGUAACCUUACUUCAGAUAAAUUUCUUAAGUGCAUUACAAAAAUGCAUUUAACAGUUUGUGCCAUGGUGCUGGCUUCUCUCUCAGUCUUGUGUCACGCGUGGGAGGUACCGGAGAACUUUGCGAAAACGGAGCACUCCAACAAUUGGGCGGUUCUGGUCGACACGUCGCGCUUCUGGUUCAACUACCGGCAUGUUGCGAACGUUCUGUCGAUUUACCGUAGCGUCAAGCGCCUGGGAAUACCAGACUCGCAGAUCAUCCUGAUGAUAGCCGACGAUAUGGCGUGCAAUCCGAGGAAUCCCAGGCCGGCCACCGUUUUCAACAACAUCAAGCAGCACAUCAACGUUUACGGCGACGACGUGGAGGUUGACUACAGGGGUUACGAAGUGACUGUGGAGAACUUUGUGAGGCUGCUGACCGGUCGUCUGGCACAGGAGACGCCGAGGUCGAAGAAACUGUUGACCGAUGAGGGCUCGAACAUCUUGAUAUACCUGACUGGGCACGGCGGUAAUGGAUUCUUAAAGUUCCAAGAUUCCGAGGAGAUCACCAGUCAAGAGCUGGGAGACGCGUUGGAACAGAUGUGGCAGAAGCGCAGGUAUCACGAGAUCUUGUUCGUGGUUGACACCUGCCAAGCGAGCUCCAUGUACGAGAAGUUUUACUCCCCGAACAUACUAGCUGUUGCUUCUAGUCUAGUAGGGGAAGAUUCUCUGUCCCAUCAUGUGGAUCCAGCCAUAGGCGUCUACAUUAUAGAUCGGUACACUUAUUACGCACUAAAUUUCUUGGAAAAAGUGGAACCGUCUAGUACUAAAACGCUGGGCGAAUUUUUGAAAGUAUGUCCGAAGGACUACUGUCUAUCUACAGUGGGCGUAAGAAGAGAUUUGUUUAGAAGAGACCCGGAUAAAGUGCCGGUGACAGAUUUCUUUGGUUCGCUCAGGCCAGUGGAACUCACCACAAGUGUAAUUAAUGUUCUGCCUAUUAGUUUCGGUCCUAUAGAGAUUCAGGAACCGGAAAGAAAAUAUAGUUACGUCGCUCAGUUUCCCAAUAUAUCCCGUUAUACAUGAUAAGAAUAAAUAGAAAUUUUUAUGU